GGACAGCCCGUGGUGUGGUGAUCGCCACCGGUGACCGGACGGUGAUGGGACGUAUCGCCACCUUGGCUUCUGGGUUGGAAGUUGGGAAGACCCCGAUCGCGGUGGAGAUCGAACACUUCAUCCAGCUCAUCACCGGCGUCGCCGUCUUCUUGGGCAUCUCCUUCUUCAUCCUCUCCCUCAUCUUGGGUUACACCUGGUUGGAGGCCGUCAUCUUCCUCAUCGGCAUCAUCGUGGCCAAUGUCCCCGAGGGCUUGUUGGCCACUGUCACCGUGUGUCUGACGCUGACGGCCAAGCGCAUGGCCAGGAAGAACUGUCUGGUGAAGAACCUGGAGGCCGUGGAGACCCUGGGUUCCACCUCCACCAUCUGCUCCGACAAGACCGGGACCCUCACCCAGAACAGGAUGACCGUGGCCCACAUGUGGUUUGACAACCAGAUCCACGAGGCCGACACCACCGAGGACCAGUCGG